AUGGCACCCCGAAAACAACCCAAAACAUGCCAACACACAUCCAUCAUCGUCGACGCCUCAAACUACGGCCGCACGAGGGCAGGGUUCCUCCGCGUACCCGUUGAGAAACGCGUCGCGGCGACGACGAGGUCUGGGAGGGUUUUGCCGGUCGCGGAGGCCGGUACCUCCAACUCCAACUCCAAUCUCGGCCCGGGCCCUGGCCCCGCCCGACCCGGAGCGGCAGCUGACAACACCUCCGCACCACUCCCGCUCGACCCAUCCACUUUUCCCGGCCCGCUUGUCCUCCCCGACGACGACCUCGCGCUGGAACCGCGGUAUCCGCCGCAAAGUUUGAGGGCGUGGGCUGCGGGGGAGUGGAGGAAUAGGAUUACGGCGGGGAGGAAGACGUUGUAUGUUGCUGAUUUCCCGGGGGUGGAUGUGCAAGGGGGUGUUGGGUUUAUGAGGGAGUGGGAGGUUCCUGAGCUUUCUGGGGAGUCGUCAAUAGGUGCUGAGGAGAAGCAGCCGAGAGUCGAGGAUGUUGUUUCGUACUUUGAGGCGUUUUAUCAUCCCCUUCCGGUGAAGGUUCUACCUACUGCGUUUCGGUUCGUCGGGUGGGAUGAUGAGGGCGUUCCUCGCGGGAAGGCAAAGGAGAAGAAGGCCUUUAUGAUUGGCCUCGCAACUGGGUCUUCCGUCGUCGGAAUUCGAUGCCGUCCGUCCCCUGACGGCUUAGCGAAAUACCAACUCAACCUUAACGACCUCCUCGACGCGCUUUCAGGGGUUCUACCGGGCGACGCGUACGCUGCGUGUAUGCUCAUCGUGCAGGAUCUGUAUGAAGACGAAGAUGAUGAUUUCUGUUGCGGGCGGGCGUUUGGGGGGAGUAGGAUUUGUACGGUCAGUUCGUUUCGGUAUCGGCCGGCGAUGGAUGGGGUUAUGGGGGUUGAGAGGGGGCAUGGGUGGCCUGCGAGUCAUUGUGGACGGUUUGUGACGGAGGCGUGUGAGUGGUGGGAGGAGCAGGAGGAGAUGGAGAGGGAGAGGGAAAACGGGAUGGAGGUGGAUGGAAGGGGGAGGAAAGGAAAGGGGAAGGGGAAGAAGGAUGGUGGUGAAGAGGUUCUUGUUGAUUUGAGGAAGAUGAAGGGGACGGCUAUGGGUGCUGCUAUUUCUGCUUCGAGGAAUGUUCUUGUUCCGAGGGAGGUGUCGCGGAAUAAGAAGCUGGCGGAGGAGGACCUGUACGGUAUGUGGCUUUCACGCGUUGCGAGGACGGCGGUUCAUGAGGUUGGUCAUUGUCUUGGGAUGGAUCACUGCGUUUACUACGCUUGCGUCAUGCAGGGUACGGGAGGGUUAGGUGAGGACUCGAGACAGCCGCCGUACUUUUGCCCUGUUUGUGAGGCCAAGUUCAUCUGGGGUUUGGGGGAGAUGGGGAGGGAGAGGAUGGAGGUUAUGAGGGCGUUUUGCGAGAGGUGGAAAGGGGUUGGGAUGUUUGCUGGAUUUGGGGGGUGGUUGGAGGCUCGGUUAGAGAGUGAUUUUGGGGGAGGCGAGGCGGAUGUGUCAACACGUGUCUCGAAGGAAGUACAGGAGGUGGAGGUUAUCGUGAUUGAUUCGGAUUAG